AUAUUUUUUUUUUCUUUUUGUUCCUCUCGUCCUAUCCAUCAAUCUAUCCUCGAAACGUCAACCCGAUUCCGGUUUUAAAUUUGUUUAAAGCUUAAAACUUUAAACACAAUUUUUUUUUAACUGCCCGCUCUCUCUCUUUGAUAUUUAAAGGCAGCGACUUCUAAAGAUAGUGCUAAAUUUUAGAAUAUGGCAGAAGAUUUUCAAGCUCCUGUUUGCGGCGAUAAUUGGUGGAACUCUUCCCGGAGUAUGUUGGUCGCCGUCGGUGGGUUGUCCCCUUGUUCCGUUGGUAUCGCCGACUUAUCUUGGCCACCACAACCGCCCUCUGCGGCCACUGAUUCCGUCAACAACAAUUCAUCCAUGCUUUUUCAAGAUUAUUCCACUUUUCAAAUGAUGGGUUUUGCUCUUUCUUCUUCUACCACUUCCGAACAUUGGAAUCAAUCUCAAGAUUUGCUUAAUUCGAAUGGAAUUCCAACGAAUUUCUCAAGUGAAAAUGGAUUGAAGCAAGGAAAUGAUGGAGAUGAUUAUUUAAAUUGUUCGUCCACAAAUACAACAAAUUGUCAAGGCGGUUUAUUUCCUGUUGAGUCAAGUUUAUAUGGAUACUCUUCUCCUUCAACGAAGUUGCUUCAAACUAACUUAUAUGAGGAUGAUAAUUCUGAUCCUCAUUCUCUCUUCAAUUCUACACCUUCCAUUACCACAAAUUCCACUACCUUCCCCACAAAUAUUAAUCCUCCUAAUCACUUAUCUUUAUCUUCAACCCCUAAUUUUUCUUCUAAUUACCUUGUUAAACCCUCACUUCCAAACCCACAACCUCACUUGCAAUUCACAAACAAUACUCCUUUUUGGAAUGCAUCUUCUUCAAAUUCCAUUCCUCAGGGUAUUGCUUCCUUGCUUGAAGAUAAAAAUAACCCUAAAUCCCAAAAUAAUACACUUGCUUUCAAGUCUGUGAAUGAAGAUGGUCAAGAUCAAGUGAAGAAAGGCGAUAAAAAUAGUGCAAUAACGACUGAACCAACCGUGUUUAAAAGGCCUCGGAUUGAAACUCCUUCACCAUUGCCAACAUUUAAGGUGCGGAAAGAGAAGCUAGGGGACCGAGUCACUGCCCUUCAACAACUGGUUUCACCGUUUGGAAAGACCGAUACAGCCUCCGUUCUACACGAAGCCAUUGAGUACAUAAAGUUCCUCCACGAUCAAGUCAGUGUCUUAAGCACACCAUAUAUGAAAAGCAACAAUGGAAUAACACCCGUCCAACACCAACAGGUAUCUGAAAAGGCAAACCAUGAUAGCCCAAAACAAGAUCUGAAAAGCAGAGGCCUUUGCUUGGUGCCAAUUUCAAGCACAUUCCCAGUGACAAAUGCAACCACCACAGAUUUCUGGACACCGACGUUCGGCGGAACGUUCCGGUGAAGCAAGUCGAAAAAAAUGCAGGGAGUAGGAAGAAGUUAUAUAGAGAGAGAAAUAUUAACUAUAUAUGAUUUAAAUUGGUGUAAUAAAAAAGAAAAAAAAAAUAGAGAUUGUGGUAGUGUAGUAGCCUAGUAUUGAGAAGAACAGGAACAAGUGCUAAAUUCAGGUAAAGUACUCAACCAAAUUGGAGUAAUUAAGGGCAGCGAGGAAAUGGUUGAUGAUAGCUGGAUUUAGCAGAUGGGGUUUUUAAUUAUAAUAUAAAGUUGGCCCUUUUGUUCCUGUUCCUUUUUUUUCCUUUUUUUAAUUUCUAAUAUGUAAUAUCCUGUGGAACUUCAUCAAAGUCUAUAUUAUCAAUUUUAUUUUUGAAAUUA